AUGAACUAUGUGGUUCCCGACAACAAGGAGACAAAAGAGGGUUGGGGAUUUCUGUUCGGUCUUGCUAUCAAGGAAGUAGCUAAGCGAGAAGAGCAAUUGAAGCAUGGAAUCCUCCCUGAGUCAAAGGACUUUAUGCAACAGUAAGUAUUUACCUCCCUUGAAAACAGCGGAGAAGACUCAUUUAUUCGAAUCAAUGAGUUUAUACUAACCAAAACAACAGUGCAAUGGAAGCAACUCUCGAGGGCCGCCCCCUAACCCCCUAUGAAAAGCAAGCACAAGUAACCCUCCUAAUUCUCGCCGGUGCCGAAACUACAGCCGUAACACUGGCUUGCCUCCUCCGCUUCCUUGUCCUCCACCCUCAAAUUCUCGAAAAGGCACGACAAGAAAUCGACAACGCAUUGGAAAACGCACUUAUCUCGGCCCCAGUAAAGUUUCAAGAAGCGCUUAACCAUCUCCCUUACUUUGUAGCUUGUGCAAAGGAGGCAUUACGUUUAAACCCCCCUGCUGCUUUUACUAAGUUCCCUUUUCUCUCUCCUUAACACAUUCUUUCCUGUUGUUCAGCCAAAACUUAGCCCUAAGAAUUGAAAAACUGGAUGUAUUUAUUAAUAACCCCCACAGUCUUCUCCCGCGAGAUCCCCCCAGCCGGAAAACCCAUAGACGGACACUUCAUCCCCGGCGGCACCGACGUAGUGACCCAGGCCCACAUUGUCCAACGAGACCCCAUACUCUACGCACCCGACCCAGAGGUAUAUCGACCAGAACGUUGGCUCGAAAGCGAUGAAAAGACAAAGGAAUUCGAGGCCGCAAGUUUUGUUUUCGGUACUGGCCCAAGAUUCUGUUUAGGCAAGGACAUUGCGCUUAUGGAGCUUUACAAGCUGGUUCCUGAGGUGAGUGGUACCUCCCAAAGAAGAUGAAGGCGGGGGUAGGCUUAAGUGAUAUCAGAGCUAACAAGGCUAUAGGUAAUUAGAAACUUCGAUAUCGAACUCAUCAACGAGGGAACAUAUCAUAUCUCGGGACAGGUCACCCAUUUGGACGACUUCAUUGUUAAGUUGCAUCCACGAGUCUCCUGA